AGGCCAUCCUGCAGGGAAAGGACAUCCACAAACUUUUCCAAGUGGAUGCCCAGAAGUGAAGUAGAGAUAAGGUGGCAAUUAAACGAAGCCGUAGUAAUGGUUUGUGAAACGACAGCCAUGGCCACUUCAUCGCUUCUGCCCACAAAUCCUCUAAUAAGUCAUCGCCAAAAUCACCAACUUUCGCUUUUCAGAAAUCAUAACAGAAUCGACUCCACUUCCAAGAAGCGACCCUUCUUCAGGGUCCGAGCUGUUGCAAAGCCUCCUGCUGGGUUGGAAUUGCCGAAAGUGCAGCCAAAAUUUCAAGCCCCUUUUCUUGGAUUUACAAGGACAGCUGAGAUAUGGAAUUCUAGAGCUUGUAUGAUUGGCCUUAUUGGAACUUUCAUUGUAGAAUUGAUUUUGAACAAAGGAAUUCUUCAGGUUGUUGGGGUAGAUGUUGGAAGAGGUCUUAACCUCCCUCUCUGAAGCUCAAAUUCUUCAGCGAUCUGCAUUUUUAAAUUGUAAUUGCAGUUCUGUUAAAUGCAUUAGCUUAAGCGUCCCUGUUGAUUACCCCCAAUUGACUUGUGAUGGGGCUGAUCUUACAACAUUUGUUUCACUUGCUGCUAUUAAAAGAAUAAAACAAUGCUAAAUUAUUCACCAUGAAA